UACACCCGGAAGACGGUGGGGUGGAAGCGUAUUCGGACUUCGGAGACCGAUACAUGCGAAGGAUUCCGAACCCGAUUUUUAGUGGGGGCCGUAUUUGGUGUACAUAUAUCGACGCAGACCCGCGACCCGUUAAGCCUAUCUCAUCGAUCUCAGAUCGGGAAAGGGGAAUAAGCGGAGGGCAAAUUCCGGCGCCGUCGAUGGACUCUCCGGCGACGAAUCAAUCCGUGGAAGACAAAGCUCCAGCAAUUGAUCCUUCGGAAAGGCAUCCCUUGGAGGAAGACAAAGCUUCGGUGAUGGAUCUUUCGGGCAAAGGUAAGGCCUUGGUGGUAGAUCCUUCGGACCUAGGAGUAUGUAGAACCGAAGUGAAAAUCCCGGCGUCUGCGGUGAAUCCCUCUGGCGAAGGCAAGGCGCCGAUGGAGAAGAAGAAGAAGAAGAAGACGAAGACGAAGAUGGCGCGAUUUACCCAAGCGCAGAUCAACAACUGCAUGGCUUUCAAGGAAGAGAUGCCCGACUUCGACAACAUGCCGAGUAUCAUCGAGAUCCUCGGCGACGACCUUGCCAAAUGUUCGCAGGAAUACAUUGAUGAGCUGAAGGCGAUCGACGACAGCCGAGAGGAGGAUAAGAAAUUCUGGAUAGAGAUGAACCGCCAAAUCCGCGAGGAACGGGAGGGCAUCCUCAACCAGUACUACACCAAAGGCUACGCCGAGUACGAGGUCGACGACGACGAAGACGAAGACGAAGGCAAUAAAGGUCAUGCUCGAGUUGCUGCUACCUCCGGCAGGAGAAGGUUCCGUCACGGGGUCGCCCUGAAGAAGAACCAAUCAGGAGGAGGAAGCAUUAGAAAGAUAUGAUGAAUAAAUAUCAGUGUAGGCAUCGAUCCAACUUAGUGAACUGAAUAAUCAUCAGUGUUGUUGGCAUCGAUCCAGCUUAGUUAGUGUGGGGGAUUUUACUUACCUUUUAUUUAUCAAUACAAUAAUGUACUGUGGGUUGACUAUGAUUUGCCAAUUUUCGUACUAUGCUUUGAUUUUAACCUCUAGUAUGGUUUCACCCUGUUCAGCAUUGAUCCA